AUGAGUGGCACCACUCCAUGUGCGGUUGACACAAUGGGGGGCUGUGGUGGGUCGACUGACUUCUCAACUGGGACGCAUACAAUGAACCCAUCCGAUGGAUACGGAGGAGCGUCGUACCAGCCAGGGUCUACAACAGACAAUGCGCAGCACCGGUUCAGUUGGGAGUCGUACGAGCAGGCGCCAUCCUACCUGCAAGAGCAGCAACAACAGGUGGCGCCUGUGCAACUCCCUGUCAAUCCCAUCAACCGAUAUGGUGGGGAGAUCUUUCCGUGGUCAGCUGACCUGCGGCGCACCAUGAUUGAUGUCUUCGGCCUGCAUCAGUACCGCUUCCUCCAGUUGGAGAUCAUGAACGCCUGCAUGGACGGCCGUGACGCCUUUGUGUUGCUUCCGACUGGUGGCGGAAAGUCGCUCUGUUACCAAUUGCCCGCGCUGCUACCAAACCCGGCGCAGGUGACCAUCGUCAUAUCCCCGCUCAUCUCGCUCAUACAGGACCAAGUCUACGCGCUCAUCGCGAACGACAUUCCCGCUAUGGCGCUGACGGGGCAAACAUCAGAUGCGCUGCGGCGCGCCAUCUACGCUGAGUGGGCGUCGGGGCGAAUCGUGCACACGCUGGUGUAUGUCACUCCGGAGUACUUCGGCCGCAGCGACCACUUUGUGCGGAGUCUCGUGCACCUCGCCAGUCGUGCGCUCCUCAGUCGCUUCGUCGUAGACGAGGCGCACUGCGUGUCGCAGUGGGGUCACGAUUUCCGCCCCGACUACCGCAAGCUGUCGAUACUAAAGCAGCAGUUCCCUACAACGCCGAUUUCCGCACUCACAGCGACGGCGACAGAUGUGGUGCAGCAGGACAUCAUCGCCACGCUGAGGCUGCGUGACGCCCUCAUCUUUAAGGGAUCCUUCAACCGCUCGAAUCUCCGCUACUCCGUGCGGAAGGUUGGGCGCACGGUCGCACCACUUGUGGUGGAUCUCAUCAAGCAUCAUUUCCCACCGCGGGCAUGCGGCAUUGUGUACUGCCUUUCGCGAAAGAACUGCGAAGAGAUGGCGGCGCAGUUGACCGCUGCGGGAAUACGUGCUUCGUACUACCAUGCUGAUGCGAGCGGAAAGAAUGAAAAACAGGAGCGCUGGACGAAAGAUGAGCUGCAGGUGAUAUGUGCCACUAUUGCCUUUGGAAUGGGAAUUAACAAGCCGGAUGUGCGCUUUGUGAUCCACGCGGCGAUGCCCAAGUCUAUUGAAGGCUAUUAUCAAGAGAGUGGCCGUGCCGGACGUGACGGUCUGCCCUCUGAGUGCAUACUGCUAUGUUCGACAAGUGACAAGCAGCGGCUAGAACAAAUGAUUUACGGCAGCAAUGACUGGAAGGCCUCCAUGAUCUCUCUCUACCGCAUGCUCGCCUACACCGUGAACGACGUGCACUGCCGUCGGAUGCAGCAGCUCGGCCACUUUGGCGAGCACGUGGACGAGCACUACUGCCUGACGCAGUCGGAGGGAUCGGUGGAGGUGUGCGACAACUGCGCUAGCAAGAAGAGCGAGAAGUGGGCGACGACGUCGUUGGAUGUCUCCGCGAUUGUCAUCGACCUGUUCAACAUCCUUGUGCACCUCGGUUCCCUCACGUCGCGGCAGCUGAUCGCCGUCUACCGCGGCACGGCGGAUGUCGGCAAGGCUGUCGAGACGCGCAUGCGGCAGAAGGGCGCGCCGGCAGAGUACAAGUUGGGCGCACGCCACGCAAAGGACCUCCUCGAGCGUGUCAUCCUCGAGGGGCUGUUGUGCGGUAUCUUCCGCGAGCGGCUGGAGCGGCUCUCCGAGUUUGCCACUUACGCGUAUGUGGAGACGGGCGAAGGGGCGGGCAGCAAGGCGUACAGGGAUGUGCUGAACGGUAGCCGCGGCGUCGCCAUAGUCGUGCGAGGGAAGCGAGGCAGCGGCGCUGCAAUACCUGGAGAGGCGCGUGCUGCCAAUGAGGCUCUGUCUCUUGCAGAAGCACAGGCCGAAAUCAGCAGCACCAAAAACAAGAAGGGUAGCAAGAAGAGUGCACAGGCGACUGAAACAGCAACGGGCAAGCGGAAACGCCGCGUUACCGCCGACACGAAAGAGCCGCAGGAGCAGCCACGCGCUCCGAAGGGUGGGGCGCGACGGAGGGCUGCGGGCCGUGGGCUCGUGUUGACGGAGUGCGAUGCGACGUCUUCCUCCGCUGCUGCUGCCUCUGAUGAUGACGACGACGAAGAUGGCUCGCUCGCGGGGUUCGUGACGGAAGGCUCGUCGGUGUCGUCGUCAUCCGUCUCGUCGGUGUCGUCGGUCUCGCCGCCCCGCCGGAAGCGGCGUCGGCGCCACAUACGCUCGCCCUCCGAGUCGACCUACGCCGCGGGGGAGAGCGACGUGCGGCUCACGGCUGGCAGCACAACGGCGCCGUCCACGUUGGGCGGGACGCCAUAUAAGGCAGCGCCAGCAUCAGCAGCUCGAGUAGCCGUGCUGCCUGCGGCGCGGCUGAAGGAGCUGGAGGCUGCCCUCCUUGCAGAGGUGGAGGCACUCGUGCGCACACUCGCCGAGCGCUCUGAGGGCGGGCGGCAGUACAACGUGAUGCCGCGCAAGACGAUGCAGACGCUUGUCGCGACGCUGGCGGAGCCCGGCUGGGGCGCCGUGUCGCAGCUCGCCGACCUCGAGGGGCUCGGCAAGAAUAAGGUUAAGAAGUUUGGCGCCGACAUCCUCCGCCUCUACCGGCAGUUCCGCCACGAGCACAUUGGCGAUGUGGAGGAGCUCACACUCGCGGAGGAGGAGAUGCUGCGGCAGACAACAACGGCAAUGGCCGGCCGCAACCGACUGCCGCGUGGUGACAUACGCGCUGGACAAGUCAUCGACGACGAUGAUACCCCGCUCAAGGCGCGCGACAGCAAUGUCCUGCUGAGGGGGGGCGUGCGCUUGAUGCUGGACUCCGAUGGCACACCACAAAAACCGCUGCAGGCAGCGCCGUCGCAACCUGCGGCAGAAACUCCGGCAGUGGCAGCAACAACAGCAACAACAACGGCAGCCUCAUCACUCCCAAAGAAGACAUUGUUCAAGAUGCCUGCUUCUGCUGCUCCCAGCAGAAUUUCCGCGCCACCGCUGGUGCAUACGGUGCCAGAGAGCCCGCAGCAGCCGGGCAACACAUGUGCCACGUACGAUCCGACGGCGUUCGUGCAUCCAUCGUUCGCCGCAAGGAUUGCACGGCUCUCCAACACGCACUCCCUUGCGCUCUUUCCUGAUCCCAAGCAACAACCAGAGAGGCUUCAGCCGCCAAUCGUGCCAGAAGUCAUUGGGGAAACGUCACCGUUCACCCAAACAGAAUCAAUUGUGCUGGCGCAGCGGCCCGCAGUGGAUGCAAUGGGCGUUGACGAUUUGAUGCGGAUGUGUGACGAGUCCCACCGACGUACGCCGCUGCGGCCAAAUGCAGGCGGUGAAUUGUACGGCCAGCACGCAGCAGAGGCGGCACUGUGCUCACCAGAGCGGCGGAGUGGCGGUGCCUCGACGCUGCGGCAUGUGCAGUCGCCCACCAAAGCCAGAGGGGGUGCUGGCGAAGUCAUCACGGUAAACUCGGACGAAGAAGAAGAGGCCGAGUGA